GCACCACGGCCGCCAUCGCCAACUUUUUGGCUCCUCGCCCUCCGGCCCACCACCUCACCACCAGCACACUACCUCGCCCGCCGCCCGCCAUGGCUCCGGCCGUCCCCAGACUGCGCAUCCUGUCAGUUGGCGGAAACGCCGUUUCUGCAUUCCUCUCGUGGCGGUUACAAGCGACCAACGCCUGCGACGUCACCCUAGUGUGGAAGUCCGGAUACGAGAGUGUCGCGCAGUACGGCAUCUCGUUCAAGUCCGCCCUCUACGGCAACGAGCGCUUCAAGCCUCAUUCUGUCGUCCGCACCCCCGAAGAUGCCGCCCAUUCUUCCAAACAGCCCUUUGACUAUGUUCUCCUCUGCGUAAAAGCCCUUCCUGACGUAUACGAUAUCGCCAACAUCAUCGAGUCGGUCGUCUCUCCCCAGCAUACCUGCAUCCUUAUGAACACCACACAUAGCCUGGGCGUCGAAUCAUACCUGGAGCAGCGCUUCCCUACAAACGUCGUCCUGUCAUUGGUAUCUGGGGCGGAAAUUACACAGCUCGGUGCGAGCGAGUUCGAGCACAAGGGAGCAACCGACAUCUGGGUCGGCCCCGCCAGCAAGAACGCUGCCAUCCCAGCGCAGAUUCAGUCCGAUAUGGCUGAAGCGCUGGCCAUGACAUUGAGCUCUGGGCAGGUUGACUGCAACGUUGCACCCAACAUAAGACAACAGCAAUUUGAGCGUAUGAUAGGUCCAAUUGCAUUUCACCCAGCCAGUGUCCUCUUUGAGACGGCAAACCAUGCCGAGCUCAUUGAGAAGGUUGGCGUCCGUCCUCUUAUCAACGGCGUGCUCGACGAGCUCCUAGCACUUGCCAAUGCUCAGGGCUGCACAUUCCCUGCUGAUUUCAAAGAAACCACACUGCGUCAGAUGACACAGCCGCAAGAAACCAACAGCACAAUGUGGAUGGACUUCGAGGCCAAACGUCCUAUGGAAAUUGAGACAUAUCUCGGAUCCCCUCUUAAGCUCGCUCUCGAGGUCAAUCUCGCCAUCCCUCGAAUUGAAACACUCUACGCUACCCUUCACCAUAUCAACAUUGUCAACCGAAACCGACCGGCUGCUGGCCCUGUUUCUAUGCCUGCUCAAAACAUGCAACACCCACCGCCUCCCCCCAGACUCUCAUCAGCCCCCUUGCCACGAGGCCCGCCUGGUCCGAACGGACAAAUGAUGAAUGGAAACGGUCCCAUGAAAGGUGGGCCUCGUGCUGGAAGCCGUGCACCUUCGAUCAACGGUGCUCCUCCCAUGAUGCGUCGCGGCCCACCACCAGGUAUGAACGGCUACAAUCCACGCAUGAACGGCGGUCCCAAUGGCCAACGCCGGCCUUCGCUCGAGGCCAGCGACUUGGAGGAAUUCUCGCAUCUGAUGCUGUACGAUGACAUGGUCGAAGGUGGACCUCCAGGUGCCCCCAAUGGCCAAUACGAGAACGGAGCCGGUUCCUCGAACAACUUGUCGCUUCGCGAGAGGGAGUUGAUGAUCAGGCAGCGCGAGAUCCAGCUCAGGGAACAGGAAAUGAACAUGCGCCGCGGUCCUCCCCCUGGCCAAAACCGACGACCUCCCCCACCACAGUCGAUCAACGGGUUCGACGAUGAUGACGACGACGACGACGACUUUUUUGAUCCGAUGGGAGGCCGCCCAGCUGGCCCGAUGAUCGAUCCUGAUAACUUCGACAUGAUGAGUGUCACCUCGCGACGCAACCGCAAGGUCCCGAGCGCAGGUCAGAUUCGCAGCAACCCGGAGGGCAUGAACUACAUACCUGGCCCUCAGGGUCGCUCCAGGAAUCCCUUCUCACGGCCUGCGGCUAAGAACCGGACCAGCGCGCAGAUGAUCAACUCUCUUCCGGGUCUUCAUCAGAAUCUGAUGAACGACCCUCUACUGGGCUACUCGUCCAAUCGAUACGCGGAUGUAGAUCGUGGCGCUAUGGGCGCUCAGUCGAGAACGAAUUCACUAACUGCAUCACGUCUAGACGAAAUGCAAGGAGGUGGUAACUACGGUGGCUAUCCUCCAAUGAGCCGCCGAACAAGCCAGUCACCUGGCAAUCCUCUCAGCCCCGGUCCUCGACCGAUGGGCCGACCCUCUCCUCCUAACGGCUACGUACCUAAUGGUAUGCCGCCAAACGGUAUGCCGCCGAAUGGCAUGCCACGUAAUGGACCUAAUGGUCCUCCACCCGGCAUGAGACAGCCCGGCCCCCUUCCGCCACAACAAUUGGAACAACACGCUGGGGUGAGCACUCUUUACCCGCCCAAGUCUCGUCCAAAUGUUCGCAGUCUGACUGGAUCCGCUAGCGCUAGCGCGGGUAGUAAUUCCACUGAAGAAAACUCGGCGCACAGCAGCCAGAGCAGCCUCGGACCCCGCCCCCCAGUCGGCGUCCGAUAGAAAGGGAGAUCUCAUCGGUUCACAUUUGCGGCAAUCGGAUUGGAGUAUGUUCGGACUUUGCAUGGACAGCGUUUGCGGCGACACUUUGACGAAACUAUCUAUUGUAUUUGGAAGCGGCUGGCUUUUCCAACCUCGGACUACUUCCACGGGCGCACUCCGAUGCCAAGUAUCAAUUGGUCUUCGAUUCUCACUCGACUUCUCUUCUCGAACAGGCAUACACAGCAUACCUCCCUGGUCACAGCGCCUCGAGGUUGGAAGACUU